CUCCUUCAAACAUGAAUGAACGCCAUGUUGAUUGUCAAAGGUGUUAUUCGUAUCGGAUGAAACAGCAGUGAAUUGAAAUAACUGUGUUAAAAUUUUCAGACACCGCGAUUUUGGAAGAUCGGUAGUAGGCCGUUUUGAUUUAGAAAGAAUAAGAAAGCGUAGCAAUCAUGGCUCAAGUGUUGCCGAUACGUUUUCAGGAGCAUUUACAGCUCACCAACAUCGGGAUAAAUCCCGCCUCAAUAUCAUUCAACACUCUCACAAUGGAGUCGGACAAGUUCAUCUGUGUCCGUGAAAAAGUAGGCGACACGUCAGAGGUUGUUAUCAUCGACAUGGCAGACCCCACCAACCCCAUUAGGAGACCAAUAAGUGCAGAUUCUGCUAUCAUGAACCCAGCAAGCAAAGUGAUUGCAUUAAAAGGAAAGGCAGGAGUAGAAGCGCAAAAGACUCUCCAAAUAUUUAACAUUGAAAUGAAAUCCAAGAUGAAAGCUCACACUAUGACCGAAGACGUAGUGUUCUGGAAGUGGAUAUCGCCGAAUACCCUCGCUCUAGUCACCAAGUUAUCGGUUUAUCACUGGUCCAUGGAGGGGGACUCGACCCCGGUCAAGAUGUUCGAUAGACAUUCAUCACUGUCUGAGUGCCAGAUCAUCAACUACAGGACCGACCCGAAACAACAGUGGCUGUUGCUUGUUGGUAUUUCAGCGCAACAGAACCGCGUAGUGGGCGCCAUGCAGCUGUACUCUGUGGAGCGCAAGUGCUCGCAGCCCAUAGAGGGACACGCGGCUUCCUUCGCGACCUUCAAGGCGGAAGGCAAUGCUGAACCUUCCACCCUGUUUUGCUUCGCCGUCAGGACGGCUCAGGGUGGAAAACUGCAUAUUAUCGAGGUGGGUCAGACGCCAGCCGGAAAUCAACCGUUCCCCAAGAAAGCGGUAGACGUUUUCUUCCCCGCCGAGGCGCAGAACGAUUUCCCCGUGGCAAUGCAGGUGUCGCCCAAGUAUGAUGUUAUCUACCUGAUCACCAAGUACGGCUACAUACACAUGUACGACGUCGAGACCGGAACGUGCAUCUACAUGAACCGUAUCUCCUCUGAUACCAUAUUCGUGACAGCGCCCCACGAGUCAACUGGUGGAAUUAUUGGUGUAAAUCGCAAAGGUCAGGUACUGUCAGUAACAGUGGAAGAAGAUUCGAUAGUUCCGUACAUCAACACCGUGCUGCAGAACCCUGAAUUGGCUCUUCGUCUCGCAGUGAGAAACAAUCUCGCUGGAGCAGAAGACCUGUUUGUGAGGAAAUUUAACAUGCUAUUUACCAACGGACAGUAUGGAGAAGCAGCUAAAGUAGCGGCCAUGGCACCCCGUGGUAUUCUCCGAACCCCACAAACGAUUCAGCGGUUCCAGCAGGUGCCCACCCAGCCGGGUCAAACAUCCCCACUGUUGCAGUACUUUGGCAUACUAUUAGAUCAGGCCCAAUUAAACAAAUUUGAGUCACUUGAACUAUGCCGUCCAGUUUUGUUGCAAGGUCGGAAGCAGUUGUUAGAAAAGUGGUUGAAAGAGGAGAAGCUCGAGUGCUCUGAAGAGCUUGGAGAUCUUGUGAAGCAAGUUGACCCAACACUUGCAUUAUCGGUGUAUCUUCGAGCUAAUGUUGCUAGCAAAGUUAUUCAGUGCUUUGCUGAAACGGGUCAGUUCCAGAAAAUAGUCCUUUAUGCAAAGAAGGUUGGCUAUACACCAGAUUACAUUUAUCUUCUGCGCUCUGUGAUGCGUACCAACCCUGAACAAGGUGCUGGCUUUGCUGGUAUGCUGGUAGCCGAAGAUCCUCCAUUAGCAGAUAUACAACAGAUUGUUGAUGUUUUCAUGGAACAGAAUAUGGUGCAACAAUGCACUGCUUUCCUACUUGAUGCCUUGAAGAACAAUAGACCCGAGGAAGGACCAUUGCAAACUAGGUUGCUGGAGAUGAACCUGAUGUCGGCGCCGCAGGUGGCCGACGCGAUCCUCGGCAACGGCAUGUUCACGCACUACGACCGCGCGCACGUGGCGCAGCUGUGCGAGAAGGCGGGCCUGCUGCAGCGCGCGCUCGAGCACUACACCGACCUCUACGACAUCAAGCGCGCCGUGGUCCACACCCAUCUUCUGUCAGCAGAUUGGUUGGUCAGCUACUUUGGAACAUUAUCAGUGGAAGAUUCACUGGAAUGCCUCAAGGCUAUGCUUCAAGCGAAUAUUCGUCAAAAUCUACAGAUCUGUGUACAAAUUGCAACCAAAUACCACGAGCAAUUGACAACCAAAGCGUUAAUUGAAUUAUUUGAAAGUUUCAAAACUUAUGAAGGUCUCUUUUACUUCCUUGGAUCGAUUGUCAACUUCAGUCAGGAUCCAGAAGUUCACUUUAAAUAUAUUCAGGCUGCAUGUAAAACAGGACAAAUCAAGGAAGUGGAACGCAUUUGUCGCGAAUCAAACUGCUAUAACGCUGAGAGAGUUAAGAAUUUCCUGAAAGAGGCCAAACUCCCCGACCAACUGCCUCUUAUCAUUGUUUGUGAUCGCUUCGACUUUGUGCACGAUUUAGUCCUGUAUCUGUAUAGAAACAGCUUACAGAAGUAUAUUGAAAUAUAUGUGCAGAAGGUCAAUCCUUCCCGUCUGCCCGUGGUUGUCGGCGGCCUCUUAGACGUGGAUUGUGCUGAGGAUAUCAUUAAGAACUUGAUUCUUGUUGUACGCGGACAAUUCUCAACUGACGAGCUUGUUGCUGAAGUUGAAAAAAGGAACAGGUUGAAGUUGCUCCUGCCGUGGUUAGAGACUCGCGUGCACGAAGGCUGCACCGAACCCGCUACACAUAACGCUCUCGCUAAAAUCUAUAUCGAUUCUAACAAUAACCCUGAAAGAUUCCUCAAGGAAAAUCAAUGGUACGACUCGCGCGUGGUGGGGCGCUACUGCGAGAAGCGCGACCCGCACCUGGCGUGCGUGGCGUACGAGCGCGGCCAGUGCGACCGCGAGCUCAUCGCCGUGUGCAACGACAACUCGCUGUUCAAGACGCAGGCGCGCUACCUCGUGCGGCGCCGCGACCAGGAGCUGUGGCUCGAGGUGCUCGCCGAGGCCAACCCCUACAAGCGCCAGCUCAUCGACCAGGUGGUGCAAACGGCGCUCUCAGAAACUCAAGAUCCAGAAGAUAUCUCUGUGACAGUAAAGGCUUUCAUGACAGCUGACCUACCAAAUGAACUGAUUGAGUUACUUGAAAAGAUUGUUCUCGACAAUUCCGUAUUUUCUGAUCACAGGAAUCUACAGAACUUGCUUAUUUUGACAGCUAUAAAGGCUGAUCGCACCCGUGUAAUGGAAUACAUCAACCGCCUGGACAACUACGACGCUCCCGAUAUCGCAAACAUUGCUAUCAACAAUGAGUUGUAUGAGGAGGCAUUCGCGAUCUUUAAGAAGUUCGACGUUAACACCUCUGCUAUACAAGUCUUGAUAGACCAAGUAAAAGACUUGAAACGUGCGUACGAGUUCGCUGAACGUUGCAACGAGCCAGGUGUGUGGUCUCAACUCGCCAAGGCGCAACUCCAGCAAGGGCUGGUGAAGGAGGCCAUCGACUCCUACAUCAAGGCAGAUGAUCCCUCUGCUUAUAUGGACGUGGUCGACACAGCUACUAAGCAACAGUCGUGGGACGACCUUGUGCGGUAUUUACAGAUGGCACGCAAAAAAGCUCGCGAAUCUUACAUCGAAUCGGAACUCAUCUACGCGUACGCUCGUACUGGACGGCUGGCAGAUCUUGAAGAGUUUAUCUCUGGUCCGAAUCAUGCUGACAUACAGAAAAUCGGUGAUCGAUGCUUCGAAGACAAAAUGUAUAAUGCAGCAAAGUUGCUAUACAAUAAUGUUAGCAACUUCGCACGUUUGGCUAUCACAUUGGUGCAUCUUAAGGAAUUCCAAGGCGCGGUGGACAGCGCGCGCAAGGCCAACUCGACGCGCACGUGGAAGGAGGUGUGCUUCGCGUGCGUGGACGCGGGCGAGUUCCGCCUGGCGCAGAUGUGCGGCCUGCACAUCGUGGUGCAUGCCGACGAGCUGGAGGACCUCAUCAACUACUACCAGGACCGAGGUCAUUUCGACGAAUUGAUUAGCUUGCUGGAAGCGGCGCUAGGUUUGGAAAGAGCCCACAUGGGAAUGUUCACGGAACUAGCUAUUCUCUACUCGAAAUACAAGCCAGCGAAAAUGCGCGAACAUUUGGAACUGUUCUGGUCACGAGUCAACAUACCUAAGGUUCUACGUGCUGCAGAACAAGCGCAUCUAUGGUCUGAGUUAGUGUUCUUAUAUGACAAAUAUGAAGAAUACGACAACGCCGCACUAACUAUGAUGCAGCACCCUACAGAAGCAUGGCGUGAGGGCCACUUCAAGGACAUCAUUACAAAGGUCGCAAAUAUGGAGUUAUACUACAAGGCCAUACAGUUCUAUCUCGACUACAAACCAUUGCUUCUAAAUGACCUGCUCCUAGUACUAGCGCCCCGUAUGGAUCACACACGCGCUGUCGCCUUCUUCACUAAAGCUGGACACUUGCAACUUGUAAAGGCCUACCUGAGAUCAGUGCAAAGUCUUAAUAAUAAGGCAGUCAAUGAAGCGCUCAAUUCAUUACUUAUUGACGAGGAAGAUUACCAGGGCUUGAGAACAUCGAUAGAUGCCUUCGACAACUUCGACACCAUUGCACUGGCACAACAACUAGAGAAACACGAACUAACUGAGUUUAGAAGAAUUGCUGCUUAUUUAUACAAAGGCAACAACCGGUGGAAGCAGAGCGUGGAGCUGUGCAAGAAGGACGCCCUGUAUGCAGACGCCAUGGAGUACGCGGCGGAGUCGCGUCAGGCCGACGUGGCCGAGGAGCUGCUGGACUGGUUCCUCGAGAGAAACAACUAUGAGUGCUUCUCCGCCUGCCUCUACCAGUGUUAUGACCUCCUGAAACCCGAUGUAGUCAUCGAGCUGGCGUGGAGACACAAUAUAAUGGACUUCGCUAUGCCAUACCUUAUUCAGACUGUACGAGAGUUAACGACGAAAGUAGAAAAGUUAGAAGAAGCAGAUGCCAAGCGCAGUACAGAGAGUGCAGAACAAGAGGCCAAGCCCGCCAUGAUUAUGGAACCUCAACUUAUGCUUACUGCUGGUCCAUCCAUGCCCUACCCGGGCGUUCCCGCGCAGGCGUCGCCUUACGCCUACGCGGCCCAGGCCCCGUCGCCGGCGCCCUACCACGGCUACGGCAUGUAGGGAACCGCCGCCCCGGCCUGGGGAGCGUACGCGCGCUUCUGAGCGCCGACACCGACGCGACACGACGACGCGACGACACGACACGACUUACCUACAAGCCUUGAAAAAAUUAUUUUGCGAUAAUUAAAACGAAUUCGUUUGUUGAUUAAUCAAAAUGUUCAAAAAAUAUUUUUAACGUUUUCAUAUGUUUUGAUACAUUGGCAAAUGAAAGCGUUAGAGGCUUAAUCAAUUCAUUUUUCCCGUGAUACGUGCAUCUAUUAAACUUUUGGACUUAUUUAUUACUAUUACUAUUUACUGGUAUAAUCGACGUAGUGUAUGAGCUCUACGUUGAGAUAACAUUUUCUCAUUGCUAUGUCAACACGAAAGAUAUCUUUAGUGCCGUAAUGUGGAGACGAUAUGUUAUUAAUGAUGGCGACGUAAAAUAACAAUAAAUCAAUUAUUGGUGUUACUAUAAUAAUAAGGUAUUUUAAAUUAUUUAACUCCAAACUCCAAUGUAAGGAAGUUUGAAAGUUUUAACUGUCAUAUGUCCUGAAUGAAAAAGAUGCACAGUAUUACAAUAAUUUGUAUCUAAAGUACCCAGUGAUAUGCAUGUAUAAUUUGAGUGUGAUCGUCGGUACGUCGCUGUAACUUAUUCGGUUGUAAGAAACGAAAUUCUCUUCGCAUUUCUUCUGCAACUCAUUUAAAUCUAAAAUGAGUUAAAAACUUAUGAAAUAGUUAAGAUUUUUUACAAAACGGGUUUACUUUCCUAAGCAGUGUGGCCUAAUUGAGUUUUGGAUCCUUUAUAAGUAUUAAAAUUGGAAAUGCCCAGAGAUUUCUGUAAAAUUUAGACCGAUAAAAGUUAGUAAAACAACAAUAAUGUUGGUCUGUAUAAAAAUUGUAUUAAAGUUUAUAUGGCUCUCAAAUAUACAGUUCUAACUCAAUCUAGAGAGCUAGUCAAUCGAAAUACCACCUUUGAAUAUAGGGAUUCCAUCAAGCUCUUAAAUUUUUUUAAUUCUACGAGUGCUAAAAAGUGAGUAGGUAGAAUCUCUAUAACAACAUGAAUACCCUUCAUUCAUUAACAAAAUGGUUCAUUCAAAUGAUAUAAGAGACAUCAAAGUAUCAGGGACAUAAUAUUCGCAAGCUUAUGGACACUCAUUACAAUUCUAAAAGAGUACUCUUACAUCUCCUUAUGUAAGUGAACUAUGUUAUUACAUAGUUAAUACGAAAAUGUAGAUAACAUUUGUGUUUCUGCUACUGUUCAAGCAGCUGUAACCAAAUUUUAGAUUUGUCUGAGCUUAGAUGUACCACUAGAUGCAUAGAUGAAUAAAAAAAAUGUUUAUGUACAUAGCGGUUAUUUAAUGCGACGCUGUCGUCGAAACGUAAUUAUGUAGCUAUUUAUAUUAUAAAAAAAAAUUACAUGAGAAUUAAUAUUCAAAAUUAUAAGUGAAGAGUUGAUUUCAUAUAGCUGUUAUUUGAUAGUAGACUUUAUUUAAUAUAUGAUUAAAAGUUGUUAAACAUUUUCAAUAGAAUGGUCUUAAUGAAUUUCGGUAGUUCUUAUUAUUAAGAGAGUGAUAUUGGUCUAAACAUUAAAGCUGUAUUUGAACCAUUGACACGUAAAAGCUUAAACCAUAUUAUUUAAUGUAAAAAAUUUAAAUGUUUGUGUCCAAACGAUUAUUGUUAUAUGUAUAUAAUGUGCUUUCAAAGUGAAACCUUAAUAUUCGGGCAGUCCAAUUAAGUAAAACGAUUCACCAUGUAUAACUUGAAAUAAACUAACGGUAAUAUAAGUGAACACUAGGUAUGAUUAGGUUUAGUUUAGCCAGAGAUAGCGGUACGAUGUUAUAUAUUUUUUUUAAAUAUUAUGUUUGCGAGCGUGUGCAAGUUUGUAUCUGUCGCGCGUGCUGCUUGCGUUGCGUCAUGUAUCACACCUUGGUAUGCCUUCACUAGAUAAUACUUAAGGUAAUUAAUAAUAAUAGUUAAACCAGCGGCCCUCGAGAGCCUUUGUUAUUUUAUGUCUAUCAUUAAUAUUUAAUCGAGAUUAAAUAUAUUGUAAUAUUAUUUUAAUGUUGUCUUCAAUCUUGCUGUUAAUGAACUCCUCGUAAUGUUAUAUUAUUGUAACCCUAUGGUCGCGAGUUCACAUUGUCAUUAAUUAUAAAUUUAAUCAUUAAAAUCAUUCCCAUCAUUAAUUAAUAAAAAUAAUGUUUAUUUUUUUCACAGAAAAUAUUAACAAUAUAAGGCAGAUAGAAAUUGUUUAAUUAUUGCAUUAUUAGUAUUGUAUUUAUUCGUGUAUGAUACAAUUUCCCGGAAUUUGAUUAUAUUAAGAUUAUAUAAUAUGAAUAAAUUAA